AUGGCCAAUGCGUUAAGGAUAUUAGUGCCGGUCAAGAGGCAUCCUGCCGGGAGUGAUGACGGGAGAAAAGGCGACCGGCUGUGUAGCUUCGCCUGGACGGGCGGCUCCUUGGAUGGAGGUUACUACUAUCUGUGGCCACUAUCUCAGAGUGGUCUUAAACCCCGCAUCGGCAAGACGCAGACAAGCGUUGAUAUAACCGGCAUGCGACAGGCCAUGAACCCAUUCGACGAACUGUCAAUGGAGGAGGCUGCCCGUCUACGACGAGACGACCAGUCGCCUAUGAAGGUGUCCCAGGUGCUGGCCGUCUCCGCGGGCGGGCCCAAGACCGUGGACGUGCUGCGAACCGCCCUCGCCCUAGGCGCCGACCGAGCGAUGCACGUCGAAGUGCCCGACGCAAAGGAGGGCUUCUACUCCGGCCUCGAGCCGCUGACGGUGGCCAAGAUGCUCAAGGGCGUGGUGGAGAAGGAGAAGAUCAACCUGGUCUUCCUGGGCAAGCAGGCGAUUGACGGCGACCACGGACAGACGGGACAGAUGCUUGCCGGUCUGCUGGGCUGGUCUCAGGCUACGCAGGCGAGCAAAGUGACGGUCAAGGACGAGGCUGGCACCGUCGAGGUGACGAGAGAGGUGGACGGUGGCGUAGAGACGCUGGAGUCGAAGCUGCCCAUGGUCAUCACGACCGAUCUGCGACUGAACACGCCCAAGUUCGCUACGCUGCCUAACCUCAUGAAGGCGAAGAAGAAGCCAAUCGAGAAGGCGACUCUGGCGGACUUUGGCCUGGACGAGUCGAGACGGCUAAACACUGUCAAAGUCACUGAACCACCGACACGACAGGGCGGCAGCAAAGUGGAGGACGUUGACGGUCUCAUCUCCAAGCUAAAGGACCUUGGAGCUUUGUAA